GUUGUGACAAAACUGCACAUUUUAGUGUGUCCUUUUAUUGUCCCCAUCACAAGGUGUACCUGUGUAAUGAUCAUGCUGUUUAACAAACUUCUUGAAAUGCCACACCUGUCAGAUGGAUGGAUAAUCUUGGCAAAGGAGAAAUGCUCACUACUAGGGAUGUAAACAAAUGAGAGAAAUAAGCUUUUUGUGAGUAUUGAACAUUUCUGGGAUCUUUUUUAUUUCAGCUCAAUGUAAAAUGGUACCAACACUUAACAUGCUGCGUUUAUAUUUUUAUUCAGUGUACAUCUCACACAAGUCAAUAUAAAGUCCAGUAGAAACAUGGAUUGUAUUUCUAUGAUAAGACAACAAUGUAAUAAUAUAGCCUAGAUAAUGUGAUAUCACGCAUACAUUAAUUGAUGCUGCUAACAAUAAGAUUACACAUUGAGCAUAAAUACUCCGUACACCUGAGUUUGCCAGGGGGUCUUAUCUACCUACCUCACAAUGUAGUGUCAACGAUGCAUUGUGGGAUGAAAUAAGAUGCUGGCAGAGAGGAGCUGGUAGAAAAUGCUCGCAACACAAGAAGAGGUGGCAGCGCAGCCAAUCGCAGUGUAAGUGGCGUAGGGCAGCGUGUUAGGGCGGGGGAGGUAUUUUGCAGGGCAGUUUCCCACAUUUGGUUUGAGUAAAGCUUAUAAAAUAAUUUGUCGCAGCACGCUCUAGCAAGUAAACAAAGCUUUAUAUCCAUCAAGGUGAGUUACCUGAUCGCGAAGUGGAAAGUAGCUUCAUCUCCUACACAAGGCAUCAUGACUGACAGGAAGGCAGUAAUCAAGAAUGCUGACAUGUCAGAGGACAUGCAGCAGGAUGCAGUGGACUGUGCUACCCAGGCCAUGGAGAAGUACAAUAUAGAGAAGGACAUUGCGGCCUACAUAAAGAAGGAAUUUGACAAGAAGUAUAACCCAACAUGGCAUUGUAUUGUUGGGAGGAACUUCGGCAGCUACGUCACUCAUGAGACAAAGCAUUUCAUCUACUUCUAUUUGGGGCAGGUGGCCAUCCUCCUCUUCAAGUCUGGCUGAGUUCUGUGAGGCCUGGAGUGCCUCUCCUCCCAACCUGGACUGUAAUGCACUGGUGGCUGAUGUCACAACUUCCCACACACUUCAAAUAUUAAAAUGAAAACAUACCGUGAUGAUACACAACUGGCUGUGCGCAACUGCAUGGACUAAGAUGUACCAUAUUUAAUGUGUAUAUGUUACAGUACAAAUACUACUUUCACUAGUUGCCAUAAAAUGCAACUGGAAGAGAUUUUUGUUAAUGCUGUUCUACAUUUUGUUAUACUUAAGUUGUAAAUGCUUUAACAGUGGCCUUUGAUUGUAUAAUAAAGGAAAGCUAGAGAACGUAGUCGUGCAUCUGCUUUACCCCAGAGAGCUGUUUUGUUUUGUGACUUCUGUGCUACUGUUUGAAUGUGCUGAGUUGCUCCAGACCUUGAACUACUACAGCAGUUUGUAAUGCCUGUAUAUUGCCAAAGGUACAAGUGAGACUAGCACAAUCUAUUUGGACACAUCUUCCCAGAUUUGCAAUUGCUAUUAUCGAUCCCAUUUCCCAGUCAUAUCUCAUUUGGCAUAGUGAGGGUGUUGGCAAUGUCCUGUUGCGUUCUUAUGUUAACAUGCAGAUGUUUUUAGAAUGUUGGCUUGGAGGUUCCAUUUGCAGAGGGACACCAUCCAUACUUGAACCUAUUCUGGCUGUGCAACAAAGGACUCAAUGUUGGCAUUCAGGUCCUUUUGUAGACUUACAUAUCUUAGUGACUUAACUGUCUGCUUUGUUGGUAGUUUCAAGUCUGUCUAUGGUUUGAUGCACAUUUCUAUAUGAUUUGCACAGGCAUACCUCUUCUCUGCAUGGGUGUACAACUGCACUUCACUGAAAGAAUAAUUGGGUUUUUGGCAAUGAGGCCCUUUAUCUACUUCCUCAGCCGACUGUGUGGAAUCCUUUGAACAAGUAUGAAGGAAGUUGGAGAUCGUUUGGCAAGCAAAUGCUAAUUAGUGUUGGUGCAAUCAAUGGAAGUUGCUAGUAAAUACCACAUACUUCCAAACAUUGCUUUAACGCAUCUAAAUUACAUCCAUGAGUUCUGACUCUAGGGAAUUAAAUGAAGGGCCUCUGCCAAAAUCCCAAAGUAUCCCUUUAAAGGGGUAAAGGUGCCCAGUAAAGUUUAACUUUAAUUUAGUCAAUAAAAUGUUUAAUCAA